UUGCUGAAAAAAAUUAAAAUAAAAAUUAUUUAUCAAAAAAAGUGAAAGAAAUUGAUAAAAAAUUAAUUAAAAAAUAUUUAAAAUAAAAAAAUUUUUACAAAAAGUGCAAUAAAAAUUACAAAAAACGUAAACAAUAAAAAAGUGACAAGAAUUUUGACAGACACAAGUCGAACAUUAAAUUGCAGAAGAAGCAACAAGAAAAAAAUCACCGACGAGAUAUUUGUUUAUUUAUUCCGUAAGACCAGAGAGCCGUCAACGGAGUUAUCAGUGUUUCAGAUGAAAUUGGAGACAUAAUUGAAGUAAUUCGAGAAAUUGAAGGUGAAUCUGUGACAUUGCCGUCCAUAUCGACACUCCAGCCCCCGAAUCACGUCGUGCGAAAAACUCCAAGUCCAUCGUUUGGCAACACGAGUAUGCCAGCGCAACCGUCGUCCACACGCGGAACCACACAAGCCAUGCACUAUCCCGGAGAAACGAUAAUUCUCGAGCAACCGGCGUCGAAAGCGCUGCGUUUCCGCUACGAAUGCGAAGGAAGAUCAGCUGGAUCGAUUCCCGGGGUUCACAGUACGCCCGAAAAUAAGACAUAUCCGACAAUUCAGGUCCGCGGAUAUCAGGGAAGGGCCGUUGUUGUGGUUUCUUGUGUGACAAAAGAUGCGCCUUAUAGACCGCAUCCGCAUAAUUUGGUCGGCAAAGAGGGAUGCAAACGUGGCGUCUGCACUCUUGAGAUAAAUAACAAAGAUAUGACCGUGUCCUUUAGUAAUUUGGGCAUUCAGUGUGUGAAAAAGCGCGAUAUUGAGGAUGCGCUGAAGCAACGUGAGGAAAUUCGAGUUGAUCCGUUCAGAACUGGAUUUGGUCACAAAACUCAACCAUCAACUGUCGAUUUGAACGUCGUCCGUUUAUGUUUCCAAGUCUUUUUGGAAGGCGAAAAGGGAAAAUUCACACGCCCUUUGGCGCCAGUUGUCUCCGAGCCAAUUUACGAUAAAAAAGCAAUGUCAGAUCUGGUCAUUUGUAAGUUAAGUGAUUGUACUUCCAGUGUAUUAGGAAACCGCGAUAUUAUUUUGUUGUGUGAAAAGGUUGCCAAAGAAGACAUCGCCGUUCGUUUCUUCGAGGAACAGAAUGGACAAACAGUCUGGGAGGCCAAUGGUGAAUUCCAACACAGUGCCGUACAUAAACAAGUAGCAAUUGCCUUCAAGACACCGCCGUAUAAAACAACACAGAUUACGGAUAAUGUGAAGGUCUUUAUUCAACUCGUUCGUCCCUCAGAUGGAGUCUAUUCGGACCCGCUUCCCUUCGAGUACACACCCAUCGACACAGAUCAUAAUAUGAGUGAUACUCUGAGGCGAAAAGUGCGAAAGGUGGCUCAAAAUAGGGACAUGUUUGCAAAAGUCUUUGAGCAAAUUCCUCCCGAUGAGCGCAACGUGUUUCGCAAUAUAUCUCCAGCAGGUCCAUCAACUGUGAAAACUGAACCAAGAGAUCAAACUCCUUCCCCGUACGGUCAUCAACAAACAACUCCCAUCCAGAUGUUUGCCGGCGGCCAAAUGUUCGAAUAUCGCAACAAUCUUGUCGCUGGAUCUCCGAGUCCGCAGCCCUUGACGACAACGCAACAACCCGGAUCUUUGCCGUACAACGUCUCACCCCAACCGCAAUUCACACUUCCGCCCGCAACAUCGCAAUACGGCACGAGCCCAGCCUUUUUACCGUCACAAAGCACUUUCGUGCCGCCCUCGGAUCCCGCAAUGUUCCCCGAAAGUCAUUUGGCGCCGCUCACAACGCACUUUAUCUCGCCCGUGCCCAUGGAAAUGCAAAGUACUCAACAAAUCCCACCCCCCGCCUCGAUGCAUCUGCACAUGUUGUCGACGAAUACUCAAAAUCCGCAGGAUUCCAUUGGCGGCAUCGAUCCCAUCGAGGAUUUCCAGAUCAAUUCGUCGGAGAUACGGAGUCUGCUGAACGAGGGAGACUUUUCCUCGCUAAACUCGGGCCAGCAACGGAUGCCGCCCAUGGAGGACAGAGACAACGACCAAUGCCUAUCGGACAGUUUAGAUAAGCAAUGUCGAUUUUAAUGACAAGAAAGUUUAAAAAUUAGUUAAGAAAUCGUGCUGUAAUAAUUUUUAAAAUAUAUUUUGACAUAAGAAAUAUUUUUAUUUUAUCAUUAUUGUUGAAAUUUUUUUAUUUUUAACGAAUAAAUAUUUAAUUUGGACCUUUUAGAGCA